CCGGGCGGUCCCGUGACCGCGGGAGCUGAGGGAGCGAUGGGGCUGCUCCGGGUCGUGACCGCGCUCUCCGUGCUGCUGCUGGCCGCAGGUGUAGUUCUGAGGCAGCCCCAAGAGUCCAAGGAGGUGUGGGGAUAUGUGGAGGUUCGGAGCAAGGCCCACAUGUUCUGGUGGCUCUACUAUGCAAACAACCCAACCAAAGACUUCACAGAGUUACCUCUUGUCUUGUGGCUUCAGGGAGGUCCAGGAUCUUCAGGCUGUGGGUAUGGGAACUUUGAAGAGAUUGGUCCAUUAGACAAAGAAAUGAAACCAAGAAAUACAACCUGGUUGCAGGCAGCCAGUGUCUUGUUUGUGGAUAAUCCUGUGGGCACUGGAUUCAGUUAUGUGGAUGAUUGUAGCUUGUUUGCCCAAAACCUUACCACAGUAGUUUCUGAUAUGAUGGUUUUUCUUGGAGAAUUCUUCAAGUGUAGACCUGAAUUCCAGACCAUCCCAUUCUACAUAUUUUCUGAAUCUUAUGGAGGUAAAAUGGCUGCUGGGGUUGCUUUAGAGCUGCACAAGGCUGUUCAAAAAGGGACCAUAAAGUGCAAUUUUAUGGGGACUGCUCUUGGAGACUCAUGGAUUUCUCCUUUGGACUCUGUCCUGUCCUGGGGGCCCUACCUUUACAGCACUUCUCUCCUUGAUGAUAAUGGUCUAGCAGAGGUGACUGCUGUUGCCAAAGAAAUAAUGGAUGCAAUAAAUAAAAAUCAAUAUGGGCUGGCUACUGAGCUCUGGGGCAAGGCUGAAGGUGUCAUUGAAGAGAACACAGACAAUGUGAAUUUUUAUAACAUCUUGACUAAGGAGGUUCCAGAAGUGAAAUCAGAUGAACAAGAAAAUCUCCAUCUCAUGCGGCUUUACCAGCACCAUGUCAGAAAAAUGCAUCAGAGCAGCCUCGAUGAGCUGAUGAAUGGGCCCAUCAGAAAGAAGCUGAUGAUCAUUCCUGACUGUGUGAAGUGGGGAGGUCAGUCCAAACAGGUCUUUGAGAACAUGGCUGAGGACUUCAUGAGACCCGUCAUCGAUAUUGUUGAUCAGCUUUUGGCAGCCAAUGUCAGUGUUACAGUCUAUAAUGGGCAGCUGGACCUCAUUGUUGACACCAUGGGCCAGGAGGCAUGGAUCCGGAAACUGAAGUGGCCUGAUUUGGAGCAGUUCAGCCAGAAAAGGUGGAAGGCACUCUAUGUGUCUCCAGAAUCCACUGAGACUGCUGCUUUCCACAAGGCCUAUAAGAACUUUGCUUUCUUCUGGAUUCUCAAGGCUGGGCACAUGGUACCAGCUGACCAAGGAGAGAUGGCACUCAAAAUGCUCAGGAUGGUGACUCAGCAGCAGCACUAGGGAGGGGAGCUCAUCUGGCUUCCUGUCCAGCAGCAGGGCUCUGCAGGAGUGUGAAUCUGGGUCCUAAGCCAAAGGAGGCACAGUGGCUGUUUGGGCACACAGCCUCCCUCAUCUUGCUGAUAAUGUGCACAAGUGCUUGUGGAAAGAUGUUUUUUUUUUCCUUGAAUGAGUUAUUGCUUUUGAAUUUUUAAGCUGUGAUUUGCUGCCUUAACAUUGUUCAUAAAUGACUCUUCCAGAGGGAAGUCCCCUGUCAUAAAGAACAAGCCCUGAACCUUUGCCUUGGAAGGAUUUUGUGCUCUUGCCCUUCCCUGAAUGCUCCCUUGUCUGUUUGCACACUAAGAGUAAAACUGAUUUGACUUGAUUUGCUUUGUGUUCCUCUGGGAGAGCUGACCUGCUUCAUGAGGCUGUGGAAUGUUCCUUCCUUUGUCCUCAGGCUUGAGUCACCUGGCUGGAUUCAAGAUGAAGCCAUGGAAAUGCCAGGACAGAGGACCUGCCCUAGAGGAAUCACAGUCCAUCUCAUCUUGCUGAGGUGCCUGAAUUAGGAUCCAGGAUUCUUCAGACUUCCUGUGCUCUGAAGAGAGAAGAACAUCCCACAGAGGAGGAUUUUCCAUUUUCAUCUGACCAUUUGUUUCUUGUUUCCAUUCUUCUUUAUGCCCACUGCUCAAACUUUGCCUUUAUCCUCAACACCUGAAGCACAUCCAGCAGAAAUUCCUGCUUUUCUGUAUCCUGAAGCAGAAGGCCUUUGGUACAAGAGGGUAUUAAAAGAGUCCCAACAGACAGAAGCUUCUUAAAACCUUCUGGGUUUAGCCAGAAGGAAAGGAGCAUUAUUUGAGCAAUAACAGCAUAGUUCUGAAAUAUUACAGGAGUGUUUAAAAGAUGGAUAUACAAAAUCUUGAUCCAUGUCUUUUGGAUAUUUUUUUAAGUCUUGCAGAGACCUAUUAUUUUGAAACAUUUUUUUAAAUAAUACAUAGUCAAGAAGAGACUGGUCAGACAUUUGACUUUUGCUGUGGAGCAUGAAGUACUUGUUUUAUAUUGGUGUCUGAUAGGAGGCACAACAGCUCCAUCCAGCUGUCAGAAACUCACUUCAGCCACUGACACUGUCAUGAAAUACCUGAUAGCACUGUCUUAGCAAGAACUGAGGCACUGUCCUGGUUUAGGGCAAAUUUGUCAGGAAACUCCAAAAGGGGUUCCUCUAGAAAGCAGAUUCAAGUCCUUCCCUCUACUGGUUUGGGAAAAGAUUUCCUUGGAGAAGAGUGGGGAAAAAAACUGUUUAUUUAACAAGCAAAGUAUUCACAAGCAUAAAAAGUGAGUAAUAUUAAACAAUAAAACCUCUCUCUGUUCUGAAGAGAUGGCAAAUUUAGGAAGUCUUUGUUGCUGGGUGUAGCUUGGCUAGCUCAGUCUCUUAUCAGUCCCUCUGGUGCUGGAGAAGGCUGUGACCAGGCCCAGGUGGGCCACAGGUGUGAGCUCCCAAGGUUUCCUGGGUUUUCAGUCCAGAGCAGGUUUGAACACUUCCAAGAAAAAAAAAAAAAACCACAGUCCUGGGAACUUUGCUGCCUCAGCUAGCUAAAGAAAUAAAACUAACUAAAAAGCAAAGGAGAGCUCUCUUCUGCUCUCUGUCUGUGCUGCAGACAACACAGCUCAGGGGAGAAAAAUGCUGAAGCUCUCUGUCUCUAUGUUUUGAAAACAACCACCUCAGACAUUUCACUGCUUCUCCUUCUCCCACUUCACCCUCAGAUCUAGUUUUAAAGGUGCAAAACUUAUUUCUGGGCUGAAUAGACAAAUGGGGAUACAAUUCAGCAUCAUAAAGUAACCCUAGGACAGGCCCAAGGCUGUGUGAGCACGUGUGCAGUCACCCAGCAGCUGCACUAUUGGUACCUAAUAAUUGCUUUCCUUUUUCAUGUUCCCUUCUUGUAUUCUUGAGACCUUUAGCAAUGCAGAUCCAGAUUUGUUUUUUGAAAUACUCUUUUCAAUAAAUGGGUCUAAUUCAUUUCUCUUCAGCAUCACAUUGAUUUCACUGCUUGAAAAUGACAUUAUUUUCUGCUUUGGCUUUUAGGUGAACAGGAGGAGGUUGCUACCAGUGUGUAAAUUUGCAUAUCUGCAUUCUUUGAAUAUUUUUAAAUAAUUUCCCUAGCAAAUCAGUAUGUUUUUUGCCUGGGUAAUAUGCUGGUUUGGGCUGGGAUAGAGUUAAUUUUCUUCCUAGUAGAUAGUAUGGGCUAUGUUUUGGAUUUGUGCUGGAGAUUGUUGAUAACACUGUUGUGUUCUAGUUGUGGCUGAGCAGUUCUGACAAGGCCUUUUCUGCCCAGCAGUGAGGGGCCUUUUGGGAGCACAAGGAGUUGGAGGGGACACAGCCAGGACAGCUGAACCUCACUGACCCAAGGGAGGUCCCAGGCCAGGGGUGUCAUGCUCAGCUGGGGGAGAAGAAGGAAGGGGGGACACUGGGGGUGAUGCUGUUUGUCUUCCCAAGUAACUGCUGCAUGUGAUGGAACCCUGCUUCCUUGGAGACCUGCCUGCCCAUGGGAAGUGGUGAAUGAACUCCUUCUUUUGAUUUGCUUGUUGCCUAUUAAACUGUCUUUAUUUCAGCACAUGAGUUUUCUCACUUUUACCCUUCAGUUUCUCCCCCAUCUGUCUCGGGGGAAAGUAAGUGGGCAGCUCUGUGGUGUUUGUUUGCUGCCUGGGGUUAGACCAUGACAGCAGUUUGAGUUGG